AUGACAGCACUGUCAUGGAUUCGGUCGGAUCCAAGACGCUACAAACCCUUUGUAGCUCAUCGGGUAGGAGAAAUUCUGGAGAGUACGAAUGUCAAUGAGUGGAGGUGGGUUCCGUCCAAACUAAACCCAGCGGACGAAGCAACUAAGUGGGGUCGAGGUCCUUAUUUUAACCAGGAGAGCCGAUGGUUCACCGGGCCAGAUUUCCUGCGAAGUCCAGCAGAAGAAUGGCCAGAAAGAAUGGAGCCGUUAGUAGCUACAGCCGAAGAUGCCAGACCUUCGGUGUUAUAUCAUUUUGCAGCUGAACCAGUACUAGACUUCCAACGAUUUUCAUCGUGGAAGAGGAUGCUACGUACCACAGCUUAUGUUCUUCGGUACCUAUUCAACAUCCGGAAUCCAAACCGGAGGCUGCGAGGAUCACUUUCACAACCCGAGCUACUCAAUGCAGAGCGAACCAUCUGCAAGCUUGCGCAGAGAGAAAGCUAUGCGGAUGAAAUGGCGACCCUCGAAAAGUCUAAGGCGAUGAGCAAUCAGGUGUUUGUCAAUCGAAAAAGCAAGAUCUACAAGUUGAUGCCUGUAAUGGAUGACGUAGGCUUGUUGCGGCAGCGAAGCCGCAUAAUUGCUGCAAAAGAUGUUUCUUACGAUUCCCGAUUUCUCAUAAUAUUGCCCUCCAAGCACCGAGCAGUGAGUCUUCUGGUAGAGAACUAUCAUCGACGCUACCGACACGCGAAUAACGAAACCAUCGUUAAUGAGCUCCGUCAGCAUUACGUUAUUCCGAAUUUACGUCGGAUCGUAAAAACGAUUGCAUAUAAAUGCCAGCUCUGUAAAAUCCGCAAGGCACGUCCAUACAACCCACCCAUGGCCGCUCUUCCACCAGCUCGACUGGCGUUGCAUUGUCGUCCGUUUACGUACGUAGGGCUGGAUUAUUUUGGUCCGUUCUUAACGAAAGUGGGGAGAUCAAACGUGAAGAGGUGGAUUGCCCUAUUCACGUGUCUUACAGUUCGAGCUGUCCACCUCGAAAUUGCCUACAGUUUAUCGACAGCUUCCUGCAUUUCUUGCAUACGAAGAUUCCUCGGCCGUCGAGGAUCACCGGCUGAAAUAUUUAGUACAACGGUACAAAUUUUCAAGGUGCGGAGCGAGUUCUCCGAGAGCAGAUAG